GCGGGGCGGCGGCGCGGAGCAGCCGCCCGCGCUCGUGCCCGUGCCUGUGCCCGCGCUGGUGCGUUGCCUCCCGGGCCGCGCCCCUUCCCAGCUACCUCGCGUUCCCAGCCGGGCGGAUGCGGGUCCUCGGCCUGAGAAGAGCGACGUAGCCGCCGUCCGCCCUGCUGCCGCCGGGGCCCCGCCCGGACGCGAGCCGGCCUGGCCAUGGCCGACCGCGGGUGCCCGCUGGAGGCGGCGCCGCUGCCCGCCGAGGUGCGAGAGAGCCUGGCCGAGCUGGAGCUGGAGCUGUCGGAAGGCGACAUAACUCAAAAAGGGUAUGAGAAGAAAAGGGCAAAGCUGCUUGCACGUUAUGUACCACUUAUUCAAGGAGUAGACCCGUCUCUGCAAGCAGAGAGUAGAAUCCCCGGGCCCUCACAAACCACAGCCUCUGCACCCCAGCAGCAGAAGUCUCGGUCUACCAACUCGCGGGAUGAGCGCUUCCGGUCAGAUGUCCACACUGAAGCUGUGCAAGCCGCUUUGGCCAGAUACAAGGAGAGGAAGAUGCCUAUGCCUUCAAAAAGACGUUCUGUACUUGUGCAUUCCUCCGUGGAAACCUACACCCCUCCAGACACAUCGUCUGCCUCAGAAGAUGAGGGCUCUUUUCGGCGACCUGGGCGACUCACCUCCACUCUGCUCCAGAGCCAUUCCAGCGUCGAGCCCUGGCUCGACCGGGUCAUUCAGGGCUCGUCCACCUCAUCCUCUGCAUCUUCCACCUCAUCUCACCCGGGAGGGAGACCCACCACCGCUCCCAGUGCUGCUGCCACGCCAGGGGCUGCCGCCGCCAUUGCGCUCACAGGCCUCGCGGCCCACACCCACAUAGAUCUGCACUCUGCCCCUCCCGAUGUCACCACAGGCCUCAUGGAGCAUUCCCAUUAUGAGCGUCCACAGGUGGCUUCUGUGAGAGGUGUUCCUCGGGGGUACAGUGGGAGCGUCCUGGAAACGGCAGAUGGUGUCCCAGUGAACAGCAGAGUGUCCUCCAAAAUCCAGCAGCUUCUAAACACUCUGAAGAGGCCAAAGCGCCCUCCCCUGAAGGAAUUCUUUGUGGACGAUUUUGAGGAAUUGCUGGGAGUUCCACAACCAGAUCCAAAUCAGCCAAAACCUGAGGGAAAUCAGAUGGGGGUGCUGAAAGGGGAACCUCUGGCUCUGGGGACUCCUUGGCCUCCAUCACUGCUGGCUGCCCUGCAGCGGUGGGGUACGACGCAACCCAAAGCCCCCUGUUUGACCGCCUUGGAUACAACGGGGAAGGCCAUGUGCACCCUCACCUAUGGCAAACUUUGGAGUCGGAGUUUGAAAUUGGCUUAUACCUUACUUAAUAAACUGACUAGUAAGAAUGAACCACUACUGAAACCUGGAGACAGAGUGGCGCUUGUGUUUCCAAAUAGUGACCCUGUGAUGUUCAUGGUUGCGUUUUAUGGGUGUCUCCUGGCAGAGCUGGUUCCUGUCCCUAUAGAAGUGCCAUUGACAAGAAAGGACGCAGGCAGCCAGCAGGUUGGGUUUCUGUUGGGCAGCUGUGGAGUCGCCCUGGCCCUGACCACAGAUGCUUGUCAGAAAGGUCUUCCCAAGGCACAGACUGGAGAGGUGGCGACUUUCAAAGGUUGGCCCCCCCUCACCUGGCUGGUGAUUGAUGGGAAGCAUCUGGCCAAGCCCCCCAAGGACUGGCACCCCCUGGCCCAGGAUGCAGGGGCCAGGACUGCCUACAUUGAGUAUAAAACCAGCAAAGAAGGCAGCACAGUGGGGGUCACGGUGUCCCACGCUUCCCUGCUGGCACAGUGCCGGGCUCUGACCCAGGCAUGCGGGUACUCAGAAGCUGAGACCUUAACAAACGUGCUGGAUUUCAAGAGGGAUGCUGGUCUCUGGCAUGGAGUCUUAACAAGCGUGGUGAACAGGAUGCAUGUGGUCAGCGUCCCAUACGCACUGAUGAAAGUCAACCCACUCUCCUGGAUUCAGAAAGUGUGCUCCUACAAAGCCCAGGCCGCGCUAGUGAAGUCCCGUGACAUGCACUGGUCUCUCCUGGCUCAGCGAGGGCAGAGGGACAUCAGCCUGAGCUCUCUGCGCAUGCUGAUUGUGGCCGAUGGCGCCAACCCGUGGUCGAUAUCAUCCUGUGAUGCCUUCCUCAACGUCUUCCAGUCCCGAGGUCUGAGGCCAGAGGUUAUCUGUCCUUGUGCCAGUUCUCCUGAGGCACUAACAGUUGCCAUCCGCAGGCCACCUGAUCUGGGAGGACCUCCUCCAAGAAAAGCUGUCCUAUCAAUGCACGGUCUAAGUUAUGGUGUGAUCAGAGUUGACACCGAGGAAAAGCUCUCAGUCCUUACUGUUCAGGACGUCGGUCAGGCGAUGCCUGGGGCUAAUGUAUGUGUUGUGAAGGUGGAAGGUACCCCUUAUCUUUGUAAAACCGAUGAAGUUGGGGAAAUAUGUGUCAAUUCCAGUGCAACUGGUACAGCAUACUAUGGAUUGCUUGGAAUCACAAAGAACAUAUUUGAGACUGUCCCGGUCACUGCAGAAGGAGUACCUGUCUCUGACAGGCCUUUUACCAGGACUGGCUUGCUGGGCUUCAUCGGGCCUGAUAACCUGGUCUUUAUCGUGGGCAAGCUGGACGGGCUGAUGGUCGUUGGAGUUCGCAGACAUAAUGCAGAUGACGUCGUGGCCACUGCACUGGCUGUGGAGCCCAUGAAGUUUGUCUACAGAGGCAGGAUCGCCGUAUUCUCUGUGACUGUGCUGCAUGAUGACCGCAUUGUCCUUGUGGCUGAGCAGCGGCCUGAUGCCUCAGAGGAGGACAGCUUCCAGUGGAUGAGCCGCGUGCUGCAGGCUGUCGACAGCAUUCACCAGGUGGGUGUGUAUUGCCUGGCCCUGGUUCCUGCCAACACCCUGCCCAAGGCUCCUCUUGGAGGGAUUCACAUUUCUGAAACCAAACAGCGCUUUCUGGAGGGGAUGCUGCACCCAUGCAAUGUGCUGAUGUGCCCUCACACCUGUGUCACCAACCUUCCCAAACCUCGUCAGAAACAGCCAGAGGUUGGACCAGCCUCAAUGAUUGUUGGGAACCUGGUUGCUGGGAAGAGAAUUGCACAGGCCUCUGGGAGAGAGCUCGCCCACCUGGAGGACAGUGACCAGGCACGGAAGUUCUUGUUCCUUGCUGACGUGCUGCAGUGGCGGGCCCACACUACCCCUGACCACCCACUGUUUCUGCUGCUGAACGCCAAGGGCACAGUCACUAGUACUGCAACCUGUGUCCAGCUGCACAAAAGGGCUGAAAGGGUGGCUGCGGCUCUGACAGAGAAGGGAAGACUGAGUGUUGGGGACCAUGUGGCUCUGGUUUAUCCCCCAGGGGUGGACCUCAUCGCCGCCUUCUACGGCUGCCUGUACUGCGGCUGCGUGCCCGUCACCGUGCGGCCUCCGCACCCGCAGAACCUCGGCACCACGCUGCCCACCGUCAAGAUGAUCGUGGAGGUGAGCAAGUCCGCGUGCGUCCUCACCACGCAGACCAUUGCGCGGCUGCUCAAGUCCAGGGAGGCGGCCGCCGCCGUGGACGUCAGGACCUGGCCCACCGUUCUGGAUACAGAUGACAUACCGAAAAAGAAGGUGGCUGGUAUUUUCCGACCCCCCUCCCCAGAUGUGCUUGCCUACUUGGACUUCAGCGUGUCAACCACAGGGAUAUUAGCGGGAGUGAAGAUGUCACAUGCAGCCACAAGUGCCUUGUGCCGCUCCAUAAAGCUGCAGUGUGAGUUGUACCCCUCACGGCAGAUUGCCAUCUGCCUGGACCCCUACUGCGGCCUUGGCUUCGCCCUGUGGUGUCUGUGCAGUGUCUACUCAGGACACCAAUCGGUGCUGGUGCCGCCACUGGAGCUGGAGAGCAACGUGUCCCUGUGGCUUUCAGCCGUCAGCCAGUACAAGGCCCGUGUUACCUUCUGCUCAUACUCGGUGAUGGAGAUGUGCACCAAGGGCCUGGGUGCGCAGACAGGCGUCCUCAGGAUGAAGGGAGUUAACCUGUCGUGUGUGCGCACAUGCAUGGUAGUCGCCGAGGAGCGGCCCAGGAUCACGCUGACGCAGUCCUUCUCCAAGCUGUUCAAGGACCUGGGCCUGCCUGCGCGUGCUGUGAGCACCACGUUUGGGUGCAGGGUCAAUGUGGCCAUCUGCCUCCAGCCCAACAGGCUGGGAAAGCUGGCUGAGCAGGGCACGGCUGGCCCAGACCCUACAACUGUCUACGUGGACAUGCGGGCACUGCGCCAUGACAGGGUACGUUUGGUAGAACGGGGUUCUCCGCACAGUCUGCCAUUGAUGGAGUCUGGAAAGAUCCUCCCUGGAGUGAAGGUCAUCAUUGCACACACCGAGACCAAAGGGCCCCUUGGAGACUCACACCUGGGAGAGAUCUGGGUGAGCAGCCCGCACAACGCCACUGGAUACUACACAGUCUAUGGGGAGGAGGCACUUCAUGCUGACCACUUCAGUGCCCGGCUGAGUUUUGGAGACACGCAGACCAUUUGGGCAAGGACUGGCUACCUCGGCUUCCUCCGAAGAACAGAGCUCACUGAUGCCAGUGGAGAGCGGCAUGAUGCACUGUAUGUUGUUGGUUCUCUGGAUGAAACGCUCGAGCUGAGAGGCAUGCGGUACCACCCCAUCGACAUUGAGACAUCUGUGAUCCGAGCACACAGGAGCAUUGCCGAGUGUGCUGUGUUCACCUGGACCAACCUGCUGGUGGUAGUGGUGGAGCUGGAUGGGCUGGAGCAGGAUGCGCUGGACCUGGUGGCUCUGGUGACCAACGUGGUGCUGGAGGAGCACUACCUGGUUGUGGGCGUGGUAGUCAUUGUGGACCCGGGCGUGAUCCCCAUCAACUCUCGGGGUGAGAAGCAGCGUAUGCACCUUCGAGACGGCUUCCUGGCUGACCAGCUGGACCCAAUCUAUGUUGCCUACAACAUGUAAGCUCAGCACACCAGCCCCCAGUGCUUGAGAUGGGCGUGACCUGGAUGUCAAAGCGUUGGAACCAGUGCAACGCAUGAAGACGCCGCGGUGUCUCCACCACUAGGAGAAGGGCGUGCAGUCUUCACAACAGCGUCCUUCUGUGCUUUUACAGAUCCCUCUCAAAAGUUCCCCAAACCUCAUUUUAGAAAGCACUUCCUGAAUUAUUUAAAGAAAUAUUUUGAGUCUGCCAAGUACAUUUACAAAAACAUGGGUGUCAGUAUUUUAACAGAUGGAGAGACUGGGCAAAGGAAGGGAAGGCCGGGCGUGGACAUCAUGAGGAACGAGACACCACGGCUGUUCUCUGCUGUACUGUGAAUUUGUACUUUUUUUAGGCUUAAAUAUAGUUCAUGAUUUUUAAAAUUCAAUUAUUUAUUCCCACUUCGAAUGACAAGUUCAUAUAUAGAAUUUAUGCUGGAGAGAACUUUAAGGCUGCUGGAGCAGCUGCCAGGCUUCUGUUUCACAGGGUGGAGCUGAGCCCAGUGAGGCUGAUGGAAAAGGGAGCAUGUCCCACCGCCCCACCCCCCCUUGCGACUGCACUGUGGGCACUCACCGGUGCUUCCUCUUUGCGAGUUUCCAUGUUGAAACAGGUGUGCCCCCAUGUCUGCAUAUGUUGUCAGUAAUACUCAUUAAGUGCCAUUUUGGACUGUCAAGUUAGAUGCUCUAUUCAGAAGGUAAACCAGUAUUUAGUUUUAAAUCACCUUCCUGGUUUGUAACUUUAUGCUGUUUAGUUAAAUUGCUAGUUUUCGUAACACUACAAUAUUAAUUCUUCUCAUAGAGUUGUACUGGAUUAUUAUUUUUAUUCCAAGUCAACAGAGUUGGAAGAAUUGGUGGCGAAGUGUGAGGUUUUCACAUGUUUACUGCUGUUUGGUCAGAGUCCUGCAGUACAGCUGAGGAGUAGCAAGGAGAGCCUUGUCCCACGUGGAAGGUGGGGAUGGUUAUAAUCAUUGUUGGCUUUUGCAUUUUCAGUUGUGUGCCAAUAAAUUUGGCCAAACUGUUUUCAGUUAUUUUAUUCAAACUUGACUAAGCUGUUAUCUGAUAUUAUACUGAACCUAAAUCAAAGAAGAGAAUGUAAAAUCCCUUAGAUAUUUCUAAGAAUUUGAAGUCAAGCACGAAUCUAAGACACAGAUUAUUUUUAUAUACCUAAUUAAGAGUAUGUUAUGAAGUUGUUGGUUUUUUGGGGUGUUGGGGAUGGGAAAGUUUAUUAAUCAUGCAUGUUUCACAGAAACAACCAGGUUUUCCUGAAAUUAGCCUGGAUCAGUGCCUAAUGAAGCUGUUAUUAAUUCUCCACAAAUGAGUCUGGCUGACUGGGCCAGCUCUCACAUCUUACUUGCAUUUGGCUACAAAUAGCACUGUGCAUAGUAGCCCUGUUUGCCAGUGGUGUAAGACUGCGGUAUAGUAUGUUGCAACAUCCCGGAAUUCUAAUGUCCUGUUGUAAUUAUGUACAGAAUCUAUGUAACUUAUUGUUUGACAUACAGAGGUUUUAGCAGUGGACCAAUGGACAUUCCUUACAAUAGAAUGGCUGGGGAAGGAAAAAAAACUACAUAAAACUCCAAUCUUACUGCUAUAGUUUUAUAGCAAACAAAAAUUGUAAACUUUUUGUAUUGAAAGGUCAGUGGCAGUAAUAAGACAAAGUGUCUUGUAAAUUCAGAUUUUAAGAAGUGCAUUAAAAUGUUUUAAAGUUACUCUCUGGGAAUUC